AAUACUACAAUAUUUUAUUUAUAACAAAAUACUAUAGAAUAGUAUCAAGUUAGUGCCAAUAUGAUCAAAGUUGAAUAAUUGUAGUUGUUAUUAUUUGAGUAGUCAAGGUUUAUUUAUUAGAAUUUAUCUAUUCUUUUUGUUGAGAAAUUUAUAUAUACGCGACCCUCAAUUUUUCUUUCUUCUUAUGCUAUUGACAAACUUAAAAUAAGAUGACGAUGCACGGAGUUAAGACCCAGCCAAAUGCACCUUACAUAGGCGAUAUAUUUUAUAUCGGAAUAUGAUAAAUACAACUUUAAAGUCUAUAGCAGCCGUCCCAGUAGGUCGUGUUUUGUUGUCAGUGGGUGCGCCUGCUUAUGUUGUCAUCGACGUAUCCUUACAUUACACUGACUGAAUACACACAUCCGCACUGAUAGUUAUGAUAAACUUUAUUUUAUUUGCGUAGAUUCUAAAUUUUAAGAAAUAAUUUGUCGUCAUUAGAAAAAAUUACGCGAAAUAUCGCCAAAUAGUGCCGUGAGUUCACAAAUUGCGUAAAAAUUUUCAAUAAGGCGGAUCAAAAUCAAGGUUACGUGAAACACGCGGUCAACCACCUGAUGCACAUUUUCAAAACACUGACAAACUCAACGGAUAUCAAUUCAACGUGAUUUUCAUCGUGAAUUUUAAAAUGUUAAAAGAAUAUUUUCUUCAAUAUCAUUCUGAAGAGUUGAAAGAAAUAUUAAGAGAUCCUGAUGAGUUCAAAAUCUUUCCAAUUUACGUCGAUUUUAUUCAUCUUUUUGAAGAUAAUCCAGAUUUAGCUGAUAAAAUAACAAAACGCCCCCGGCAGUAUUUGCCGCUUUGCGAUGUUUCCGCAAUUGAAGCUCAAGAAGAACUACUUUCGGAGAAUGUCAUUGUUAAAAAAAAGGUCCGAACGCGCAUUCACGGCAUUAUCGAUACCAUCGAUCAAGCUCAAAUUGGGGAAAUGGUUUCAAUGUCUGGCUUUGUCAUUAGAAUAUCCCAACCCUCUGUGACUUUGGUUGCUAAACACUUAUUAUGUAAAAAGUGUCAACACAUUACAAUUGCUAAGUUGGAAUGGGAAAAAAGUAAAAUUCCUGAUAUCAAAGAAUGUGAAGCAUGUAAGAAAAAAUCUUUACACCACGAAUCUUCAGUGGUAGAGCAAGAUUUGGUAGAUUAUCAAGAAAUCAAAAUACAGGAUAAAUCCUGUGGGCACACAUCAAUUACAGAUGCAAUUCAAGUAGUUUUAAUAGAGGAUUUGGUAGACAAAUGUACAUCUGGUGAUAACAUACACAUUAGUGGUUAUUUAAUAAGAAAAUGGGGUAACGUUGCCGAAGGGCAAAGAGGUACAGCAACAACAUUUUUAAUGGCUAAUAGUUUAUUGGUCAAAAGAAAAAUUACUGAAUCUGAAUUUUGUAAGGAUGAAGUUGCAAAAAUUUUUCAAAGAUAUUGGGAUCAGUACUUAGAGAGACCUCUAGAUGGUAGAGAUAAUAUUCUGGCAUCAAUAUGUCCUCAGUUAUAUGGAAUGUAUACUUUAAAAUUAGCUUUAGCAGUAGUUUUAUGUGGUGGUGUAGCAAAAACCAAUAAAUCAGGAACAAGAGUUAGAGGAGAUUCACAUCUACUACUCUGUGGGGAUCCUGGUACUGGUAAAUCUCAAAUUCUCAGAACAGCUGGAAAAUUAGCUUCUCGUUCUAUAAUGACUACAGGUGUAGGAACAACUGCUGCCGGUCUUACUGCGGCUGCUAUCAAAGAUGCUGAUGGUUGGCAUUUAGAAGCAGGAGCUUUAGUAUUAGCAAAUGGAGGAGUUUGUUGCAUUGAUGAAUUAACAACUAUGAGUAACAAUGAUAUGUCAUCUAUUCAUGAAGCCAUGGAACAACAAACCAUUUCCAUUGCUAAAGCCGGCCUUGUUAGUACAUUGAACUCUCGGUGUACUGUUAUUGCAGCCAUUAAUCCAAUUGGAGGUAGAUUCACAGAUGGUGAAGAAGUAAAAAUGCGUUUAGGUGGUCCAUUACUUUCUAGAUUCGAUUUGUUAUUAUUUUUAAGAGAUAAACAUGAUCCACAAUGGGAUGAUUUAGUUUCUAAUCAUAUUUUACAAGCUGCAAUGUCUACUACGGAAUACUUUACUCAAAUGACUAUGAGAACAGCUGUCAAUUAUUCUACAUCCCAUGAUAUAUCUAAAAGAAGUUCAGAAGGUAAUGAUUCUGCAACUGAAAAUAUGGAAACAAGUCAACCUGGUGAUGUGUCCAUUUUAAAUACUGACGGAUUGUGGGACGAAAAAACUUUGAGAGAAUAUUUUGCUUAUGUACACCAUUUUAAACCUGCUAUGACAAAAGAAGCAGAAAGAAUAUUAUGUGGCGCGUACAUGUAUCACAGACAUCGAGAUGAACGACGUGAAGAGCGAACAACAGUUCGUCUCAUGGACAGCUUAGUCCGAUUGGCAGAGGGGCAUGCUAAACUUAUGUACAGAACCCAAGUUCUUAUGAUGGAUGCAAUUUUCGCUACUCAGUUAAUAAAUUCAACUAACGACGCGAGCAAAGAAAAUUGCAGAUUUCCAACGGAUAGUAUGGCCACAUACAAACAAGAAGCUUCAGAGUUGCUUAUUGAACUUGAAUUGGAUGAUCUCAUCGAAUAUUUGGAAAUUUAAAAAAUUAUGCAACACCAUCGUAGACAUAAUUUAAUUUAAUCUUUGAAAGUUUUUAAAUUAAUCUUGAUCCUGGGAUACCAAUACUUUGAAUUACUGUUACCACAGCUUGGAAAAAGAAUACAAAGAAGAAUACCAUAAAGUUAAAGGAACUAUCA